GUCAUUUCCGGAUCAAACUCCUUCUAAUGGUAGCGGAGGGCUGGCUUGUGUGUUGCCCCCCAGCCGCGGUCCCUGCUGCCCUCCGAAGGUGAAGGUGAUCUUUCAACCCUGGUGGAGGCUGCCUUGGGCUACAAAUUGCAGACAGAAAAAUAACAUUCAGCUGGUCCAGAGGGAAGAAAAGCCCUCCAGACCCCCCAGUUUGGGAGCAGCAGAAACGACUGGGAAACGUCUGAGCAGAAAAUGUUGAGUGAAGACUCCUUUGUCUCAGAUGUUCAGCAGCACCAGCACUUCAGGCGAUUCCGCUACCAGGAGGCCGAGGGACCCCGAGAGGUUUGCAGCCGACUCCACAAUCUCUGCCGACAAUGGCUGAAGCCAGAGCGACACACGAAGGCUCAGAUCUUGGACCUGGUGAUCCUAGAACAGUUCCUGUCUGUCCUUCCCCCGGAGAUGGCGAACUGGGUGAGGGAAUGUGGAGCGGAGACCAGUUCCCAGGCGGUGGCCCUGGCCGAAGGCUUCCUCCUGAGCCAGGCAGAAGGGAAGAGGCAGGAAAAGCUCCAGGUCCAGGGACUGUCGGUACAAAGGGCCGCUGAUUUCCCCAAGGGAGCGAUGGCUCCAUCCAGCAGCCGAUCGAGAGUGCCGUCCAGGGGGAUCGGGCAGGAGGCUGGCGGAGAGGCCCCCUCGCUGGACAGUGAAGCGAUGCUGGAGAUACAUUCUGGGUCGUCCCUUCUUGGCAGUGGAGUGGGAAGAGCUCCUGCACAGGCAGAACAGGUCCCGGUGACCUUUGAGGAGGUGUCUGUGUGUUUCGCUGAGGAGGAGUGGGCGCUCCUGGAUCCGGACCAAAAGGCCCUGCACCGGGAAGUCAUGGCGGAGAACUGUCGCUUCGUGGCCUCUCUGGCUGACGGAUGGGUGAGCGAGAAUGAGAAAGACUCGCCCAGCGAGUCCCUGGAAGUAGCUAGAGAUGGAAAGGAAGGACGACGGAGAUGGAGGAGGAGAGUCAAGCAGAAGCAACGAGACGCAGUUUCUGCUUGUCAUGGUGACGACAUCCGUAAAGUCUCAGCCCAAGGAAAACGUGACGCAGGAAAGAAAAGUCAUAAGUGCCCAUUUUGUGGGAAGAGUUUAAAUUGUAAAUCGAGCUUAAACAAUCAUUUGAAAACUCACACCGGGGAGAAACCAUUUCAGUGUUCCGAAUGCGGGAAGAGCUUCUCUCAAAGCACAAACCUGGUCAAACAUCGAAUAAUCCAUACAGGGGAGAAGCCGUUUAAAUGCUUGGAGUGUGGAGACAGCUUCCGGUGGAAAACGCAACUUAUUUCCCAUCAAACAAUCCACACAGGCGAGAAACCUCAUCGGUGCUUGGAGUGUGGAAAGAGUUUUGGUUUGAGGUCUUCCCUUUUGAGACACCAAAUAUUGCACACCAGAGAGAAAUGGUUUCAAUGCUCAGACAGUGAGAAGAGCUUCACUCGGAGGGGAAACCUUACUGUUCACCAAAGAACCCACACAGGGGAGAAACGGUUUCAGUGCUUGGCGUGUGGAAAGAGCUUUGGUUGGAGGCAAAGCCUUACUGAGCACCGAAGAAUUCACACAGGGGAGAAGCCAUUUAUAUGCUUGGAGUGUGGAGAGAGCUUCAUGCGUAAACAGCAACUAACUUCCCAUCAAACGAUCCACACUGGUGAGAAACCUCAUCAGUGCUUGGUGUGUGGAAAGAGCUUCUCUCGGAGGGGAAAGUUUACUGAGCACCAAAGAAUCCACACCGGGGAGAAACCAUUUAAAUGUUUGGAAUGUGGAAAGAGCUUCACUCGGAGGGGAAAGUUUACUGAGCACCAAAGAAUCCACACCGGGGAGAAACCUUUUAAAUGUUUGGAAUGUGGAAAGAGCUUCACUCGGAGGGGAAAGUUUACUGAGCACCAAAGAAUCCACACCGGGGAGAAACCGUUUAAAUGUUUGGUAUGUGGAAAGAGCUUCAUAUAUAACAAGCUACUAACUUCCCAUCAAAGGAUCCACACCGGUGAGAAACCUUAUCAGUGCUUGGAGUGUGGAAAGAGCUUCACUCAGAGGGGACACCUUUCUUCCCACCAAAGAACCCACACAGGGGAGAAACCUUUUAAAUGUUUGGAGUGUGGAAAGAGCUUCAUGCGUAAGGAGCAACUAAGUUCCCAUCGAACGAUCCACAGUGGUGAGAAACCUCAUCAGUGCUUGGAGUGUGGAAAGAGCUUUAUUUGGAAGACAAGCCUUAGUUACCACCAAACAACCCACACAGGGGAGAAACCGUUCAAAUGUUUGGAGUGUGGAAAGACCUUCAUUCACAGGGGAAACCUUACUUCCCACCAAAGAACCCACACAGGGGAGAAACCGUUUAAAUGUUUGGAGUGUGGGGAGAGCUUCAGGUGGAAUGUGCACCUUAUUUCCCAUCAAAUGAACCACACAGGCGAGAAACCUCAUCAGUGCUUGGAGUGCGGAAAGUGCUUCACUUGGAAGAGCUCCUUUGUGGAGCGCCAAAGAAUCCACACAGAGGAGAAACAAUUUAAAUGUUUGGAGUGUGGAAAGAGCUUCACUCGGAGGGGACACCUUACUGAGCACCAAAGAAUCCACACAGGGGAGAAAACUUUUAAAUGUUUGGAAUGUGGAAAGAGCUUCUCUCGGAGGGGACACCUUACUGAGCACCAAAGAACCCACACAGGGGAGAAACCAUUUAAAUGUUUGGAGUGUGGGGAGAGCUUCAGGUGGAACAUGCAACUAAUUUCCCAUCAAACGAUCCACACUGGUGAGAAACCUCAUCAGUGCUUGGAAUGUGGAAAGAGCUUCAUGUCGAAGGAAAGCCUCACUGAUCACCAAAGAAUCCGCACAGGGGAGAAACGAUUUAAAUGUUUGGAGUGUGGAAAGAGCUUCACUCGGAGGGGACACCUUACUGAGCACCAAAGAAUCCACACAGGGGAGAAACCUUUUAAAUGUUUGGAGUGUGGAAAGAGCUUCUCUCGGAGGGGACACCUUACUGAGCACCAAAGAACUCACACAGGGGAGAAACCAUUUAAAUGUUUGGAGUGUGGGGAGAGCUUCAGGUGGAAUGUGCAACUAAUUUCCCAUCAAACGAUCCACCCUGGUGAGAAACCUCAUCAGUGCUUGGAGUGUGGAAAGAGCUUCACUCGGAGGGGACAACUUACUGAUCACCAAAGAACCCACACAGGGGAGAAACCAUUUAAAUGUUUGGAGUGUGGAAAGAGCUUCUCUCGGAGGGGACACCUUACUGAGCACCAAAGAACUCACACAGGGGAGAAACCAUUUAAAUGUUUGGAGUGUGGGGAGAGCUUCAGGUGGAAUGUGCAACUAAUUUCCCAUCAAACGAUCCACCCUGGUGAUAAACCUCAUCAGUGCUUGGAAUGUGGAAAGAGCUUCAUGUUGAAGGAAAGCCUUACUGAUCACCAAAGAUUCCACACAGGGGAGAAACCAUUUAAAUGUUUGGAGUGUGGAAAGAGCUUCACUCGGAGGGGACAACUUACUGAUCACCAAAGAACCCACACAGGGGAGAAACCAUUUAAAUGUUUGGAGUGUGGAAAGAGCUUCUCUCGGAGGGGACACCUUACUGAUCACCAAAGAAUCCACACAGGGGAGAAACCAUUUAAAUGUUUGGAUUGUGGAAAGAGCUUCAUUCGGAGGGGAUACCUUACUGAGCACCAAAAAAUCCACACUGGUGAGAAACCUCAUCAGUGCUUGGAGUGUGGAAAGAGCUUCGGUUGGAAGACAAAUCUUACUUCCCACCAAAGAAUCCACACAGGGGAGAAACCAUUUAAAUGUUUGGAGUGUGGAAAGAGCUUCACUCGGAGGGCAACCCUUAUUAUGCACCAAAGAACCUACACAGGGGGGAAACCGUUUCAAUGUUUGGAGUGUGGGGAGAGCUUCAAGCGUAAUGUGCAGCUAACUCCAUAAAAGGAUCCACGCAGGUGAGAAACUACAUUAGUGCUUGGAGUGUGGAAAGAGCUUUGGUUGAGGUCACACCUUAUCAGACACCAAAAAAACCACUCAGGGUGAAACCUUUUAAAUGGUUGGAAUGUGGAAAGAAGUUCAGUAACAGAGGAAAACCCUCCCGCCCAUGUUCCCCAGUGACUCUUGUAAAUAGGCAGACUGCCUCUGAGGUAGCAUAGAGCCAUGAGUAUCAGCAGCCAUUGCUACUUUUCUCCUCCAGAAUUUCUCCUGUCUGCCUUCACAGCCAUCUGAACAUGUGACCAUCACGACACCUUGUGGAAGCGGAAGUCUGUCCUUAGAGUCUAAUAAAUAUGAAAUGAAAUCAUUGUUUGUGGGAUGUUUCCAGGGAAGGAAAUUCUUGCUUCCUGAAUGGCAUUGCUGCGUCAGAACGUGAGAGCAAUCGACCAGAAUUUAAGAAGAAGAAAAAAGUGAUGAGGGACCUUCUGGGAUUCACCCCUUUGGAAACCCUCCAUCUGAUAGGCCAUUUCAACCAUUCACAGUGAAUGACAGUGUUCUGUUCCUCCAGGGCUUCAGCAGAGGGGAUGCAGCGAAUUGAUUGAGCCCCUACUUCAUAUGUAGCACGUUCCGGGUUCAAACUUUGUUCUGACUUUAUACUGUUAGUUUUACCCUACCCAGUGCCUGUUUACCCUACCCUGUGCCUGUUUGCAUU